CGAGAAUCGCGCCUGGUUAUUUCCUUCCUCAUGAUAUGAACCAAAGCUUUUCGAAUCAGUUCAUGUUGUGUGUUAAUUGAUUGGGAUUUCUUUGGGGAAUAAAGAUGAUUUGAUACCAUUUGUACAUCUCAUAGACCACGAACAUCACGAGACAGGUCUUGAAACAUAUACUAUCUGUUACGAGAUUUGUCUACUAAGUUAAGAUAGUUGUGACUCGAAUCUUUUCAAUCCACUCUCAAAAAAAGAUUCUUCCAGCGACUCUUUCUGCCGCUUACAUUCUUACGCCAGUAGAUGGCAGCACUUUAAAAUCCAAUGUCUGAGGCUGUUCAAAAUGAAAAACCCUUCCUCAAACGUCCUGGAGUAGGACUUGGGGUUCUUGUGACAGACUCCUCAAAACCAGGAUGUGUCCUGUUAGGAAAAAGAAAAACUAUAGUUGGGAAAGGCACCUACCAAUUACCAGGAGGUCACAUUGAAUUCGGAGAAACUUGGGAGCAGUGUGCCCAGAGAGAGGUGAUGGAAGAAGCUGGUGUCCGUCUGAAGAACGUUCGCUUUGUAUCCGUCGUCAACUCCAUCCGACUGGAAGAAAACUACCAUUAUAUCACAAUCUUCAUGCAGGGAGAACUGGACAGGUCUUUCUCAGCCGAACCUGUUAAUUUGGAGCCGGAGAAAAAUGAAGGUUGGACCUGGAGGUGCUGGGAGGAUUUUCCCCCAGAAGAGCAGCUGUUCUUGCCAUUGGCCAACCUAAGACAGCAGGACUUCCAGCCAUUCAGAGAGAGUUAAAAGGGAUUUUCUGUAAUUAAGAAAUCAAUCUGAUCACUCCCUGGCUUUAUCUGAUUCAAGACCAGGUGAACUGAACUCACCUUAGGCCUUUUCUUGCUCAUUUUGAGCUUGUGCCCUGACCUUAAGUAGUAAGAUGGACAUGCUGUACUUCCAGAUUGACUGUUAUGGAUAAUAUGUACUGAAUAUUAUUCCAGCUUCUCAAUAGCCUCUUCCAAGUAGGCCUAAUGAUUUUAUUGAACACACAAUUACUAAAUUAUAUCAAGGCCAUUAAGGCUUAUCAGUCAUUUAAUUAUUUCAUCACGAUGGUAAAGUGUCUAGAGCAUUUGUCAUGGGUAAAGUUACACAAAAAUAUUUAGGUAACAGUUUACUCUAAGUUGUAAUUUGUUAACAUUUGUGAGUGCAUAGAUAUCAUGAACUUUUAAGAGCAAUAAUUUUACAGCAUUUAGUAAUUGUGCUUAGAAAUGAAUUUAUACAUACAUUUUAACAUUUCAGGUUGUAUAUAGUCAAAAUUAGGGGGGGUUUUGUAAGCAAAUUUGAAUUAACAACGAACAAUGUAUUUAUAAAUGAACCUAUAUUAAUGAUGAAUGUAAUCUUACUGUAAAGUGUUACCAAGAUGUCAUCAUAACUCACUCUAACCGUUCCCAGAACUUCCUAUCAGACAACACCCUUUUCAUAUGUAAUCUUACUGCAAGUAUUUCAUGACAUAUUAUUUUCCACAUAAACAUUACCUGCACUGCAAUAAACAAUACCUGGUUGUUUUAUUA